AUGAGUAUCAAAGCCGCACCAUUCGAAGCAUUAUAUGGCCGUAAGUGUCGAUCUCCGGUAUGCUGGGCAGAACUAGGUGACAAACAACGGUUAGGUCCUGAGUUAGUUCAAGAAACUACCGAUAAAAUAUUCAAAAUUCGAGACCGUAUCAAGGUGGCUCGAGACAGACAGAAAAGCUACGCGGACAGACGCCGCAAACCAUUGUCCUUUGAGGUUGGAGACAAGGGGUUGCUAAAAGUCUCGUCGUGGAAAGGCGUAGCUAGAUUCGGUAAGCAAGGGAAGCUUAGCCCGAGAUACAUAAGACCAUACGAAAUCUUGGAAAAGAUUGGAAACGUCGUCUACAAGUUAAAACUGCCAGAAACACUCAGUAGCGUUCACGACACUUUUCAUGUGUCGAAUUUGAAAAGGUGUCUUUCGGAUGAAACAAUUAUUAUUCCCCCGUACGGAAUCCAUGUAGACGACAAACUCCAUUUCAUCGAAGAACCUGUUGAGGUUCUGGUUUCAAAGAUUUACAAAACGAGGAGAAGUCGUAUCAGACUAUUCAAAGUCCGGUGGAACUCGAAACGAGGACUCGAGUUUACAUGGGAACGAGAAGACAAAUUCAAAAAGAAGUACCCUCAUUUGUUUAAGAAAGUCCCAACGAAGAGUAACGCAAUCUAA